AGUAAAGAGAAAGAGAGAGAGAAAGGGAAAGGGAAAGAGAAAGAGAAAGAGAAAGAGAAAGAGAAAGAGAAUGGAGGUAGGAGGAAGGGAAGUAUAUAAAGGGUUUAGAGUUGUGGUGUAAUGAGCUAUAAAGGGUUGGUUUUGUUUAGUGAAGAAGGGAUAGUAUUAUUAUUUGCAGCGACCUGAAGCUAGUUCAAACUAGUGGAAGGUUGUGUGUGUACUAAUUAAUUGGAAGGAUUAUUAAGGUCUAAGAACAAUAAUUAUUAUUGUAACUAUGGCUCGUGGGAAAGUUCAAAUGAAAAGGAUUGAGAAUCCAGUGCAUAGACAAGUUACUUUCUGCAAGCGUCGAGCUGGGCUCCUCAAGAAGGCUAAGGAGCUCUCUGUGCUUUGCGAUGCUGAAAUUGGACUCUUCAUUUUCUCCGCUCAUGGAAAGCUCUAUGAACUCGCCACUAAAGGAACCAUGCAAGGGCUUAUUGAAAGGUACAUGAAGCACACCAAUGGGAAUCAGCCACCAGACCCACCAAUUCAUCACCAAACUUCGGAAGCAAAAGAGGAGAUCAUCAGGCUGAAACAAGAAAUUGAAGUCCUAAAGGGUCUCAGGAAUGCUUUGGGAGGAGGAGGAGGGGAAGGAAUAAUGAGAUUGGAUGAGCUUGAUAUGUUUGAGAAGCAACUUGAGAUUUGGAUUUGUCAAGUGCGUUCUACAAAGAUGAAGUUCAUGUCUGAAGAGAUUGAAGCACUGAGAAACCAGGAAUUCAUACUGAAAGCUGCCAACAAAUAUCUUCAUGACAAGAUGGAGGAAAAUAUUAGCAACACAACUAACAUGGAACCUGUGAAUAUUACUAACUGUCAAUAUCCACUAACUAUACAGGAUGAGUUAUUUCAGCUUUGCACUUAAAAGUUAUUUAGAAGCUAGAAAAACAUAUCAUCUAUUUUAAUGUAAAAAAAAAAAACCAUAAAGAAACCUAGCUAUUUACUCUUAUAAGGUUGUUGAGGGUGUUGGUUUUCAUAUUUUAGCAGACUUUGAUGUUUUUUUUUUAUGCAAAUAAUGACAAUGUACACAUUGCUGCUUAUGGCAUUGUCA